AUGAACUUACAUUACAAGGAAUUAAGCAAUUUUUUGUUCAAAUUGAUAAAGAAAAAAGAAUGGAAGUUUGAUACUUUAUGUGAUAUUUAUGAAACAAUAACCAUUUUACAAACAGUUAUCUUUUGCUCAACAAAAUAAAAAUGUGAAUGGUUGACAAACAAAAUGAGAUAUCUUAAUUUUUAUGGAGCAUAAAUGAAUGGAAAUAUGAGUUACCAAGAAAGAGAGAAAAUUAUGACUGAUUUUAUAUAAGGAAAUUAAAAUUCUUGA